AAAAAACUCAUUUCCUUUCUCAUUUUCUUCGUUCAUUCCGUCGGAAGCAGAGAUGGGUGAUGAGGAGGCAAACCCUAGAUCUAUUCUCAACUGAUAUCUUCUUCACCUCUCUCAACAAAUCGAAAGAGUUUCUGUUCUGAAGAAAUCCAACCAGCUGAAAGCAUCAAUCUGGGUUUUUAGGUCAUCUGUGAGAUUCAGAAGCAUCGAUCUGAUAAUCAGUUCUCUAUGGAGAAAAAGGAAGAUGAGAAAGCAAAUAAGAUAACUUUUAGGAGCGUCCCAGAAUUUAGAGGGCUAUUUAUUGAACAGUGUUUGGCACAAGCUACUGAGUAUGGAUUUUCUGGAACUUCUUUGAAGCAAACUUCGUGGGGAAAUUUGUGCAAGUUCUUUUCUGAGAAGUAUGACUGCACCAUCACACAAAAAAAGUUGAGAAACCACUGGGAUUACUUGCGAACCCAAUAUGUCACUUGGUCCCGUCUCUUAGCUAGAACCGGACAUGGGUAUAACGCGGAGACGAACACAUUUGAUUGGAGCGAAGAGCAAUGGGUUGAAUUAGACAAGACAAUCAAAAACGCUAGUCAAUUCAAGAACAAGGGGCUGGAAGAUGCAGAGAAGUUGCAGAAUUUAUUUGAUGGGAAAUUCUCCACUGGAGCUAAUAGAGAUACGCCUGGAAGAGUGGAACCGCCUUGUUCAGCUGGAACUUCUAUAACUGCAGGGGUUUCAAAUAAUGGAUCUGAAUCUCGUACAAGUCAUGGAAAAGAAAACAAUCAUGAGGAUGACAACGAGGUUGAUUCUAGUCUCAAUGCAAAGGGGAGUGGCAGGAAAAGGAAGAAGGAAAUGGAGGAAGAAUCAAGUGAUCUAUUAACUGAGAAAGUUUGUUCUAUUGUAACAUCGAUGGAGACUCAUCUUCAACAUAAGAAACUUGCUCUAGAAAAGGAUAGCGCAGCCGAAUUCAUGAAAGCUUUGGAUAAUUUACUUGAGACUGAUUGCAUCACAAUGGAUGAGUAUUUGAGCAUAACUCUAAAAGCUUCAGAGAUGCCUGGUUGGCAGAAAUUGUUUGUCAGUUUGAAAAGCGAUGAGCGUCGUGUUGCCUUUGUACACAAACUUUUAAAAGAACGUUGAGAAAUCUUGAAUACUCAUCCACUGAGAUGUUGAGAAAUUAGGAAAUAGUUAGAGAUGUUAGGGUUGCAAAACAUUCGUGUUUGUUACUUACGUACUCGAUUUUUAUUUUAUGUUGAAUGUUGAAUGAGUAUUUAUUGAAGUUAAUGGAUGAAUCAGUAUUAUUUGUGCUUA